AUGGGAAACUCGUCCACCAAGGCCGAGCCUCCGUCGCCAUCGCAGACUCAACCGUCCCUGCAGCACCAGCUCAGCAGCCGGUCUCAGCGGUCGCCAUCAAACGUAUCCCCUCACUCGCCUCGCCACUCGUAUCCACCUGCGAAUCGCCCCCCGUACGCCGGCUCUCCACACCAAUACCACCACAAUGUGUCCGGCGGCAGCACCGAGACCGGCAAGUCUCCGAAAUUUGCCAGCCAGUCGAGCUAUACGAGCCCGCCGGGCUAUACCAACAAAGCAGCGCUCGCUGCACGCAUGGCGGACGAAACCGCCUAUGGUGUUGCCACCCGACAGCGGAUACCGGCUGCCUCAAACUCGCAUCUAGCCAUGAUCCAGGAAGUCAUUGCCAAGGGCGAGCCAAUGGCAUCAUCUUUCAGCCAGGAAGAGCUGCGUGCGGCACGCACCAUGCGGGCAGGCAGUAUAUCGGAGCGAUCGAUGCAUGACUAUUCGAUACAAACCUCCGACAACUACAACAAGUUCAAGCAAGCAAACCGAGGACAAGUCCAGAACGAGCUCAAAGAUACCGAGGUCGCAAACAGGCCGAUCAAAUCCACGACUCAGAGCGGCGAGGGCGGGGCCCGUCGCACAUCCAUGUCCAACACGAUGGUCGGCUCAAUGUUCUUGGAUGAAGAAGACGAAAAGUUCAUGGAGAGGAUCCUGCACGAGGAGUUUGGCAACGCCGGCUGAGCGCAUGCGAGGGCGAUGGCUGUUCCACGGGGCACUGUCGCUUUGCGGCGGUGGGGUGGACUGCCGAUGGCAUAGUACCGGCGAGCACUGGGGCCGGAUCGCCAACGGUUUUCACAACAGCACCCGCGCAUACGGACC